GACUCAAGCGAACGAUUCUUUCACGAGUCGGACAUCGCUACUCCCUCAGAGAAAUUGACAGCAGCUGGGUCGCCUGUGUGAGCAAACCCGAAGGACAGACACGGCAGAAAAUAAAACUCUGCCGUUUCAGUGGGCUCCCCCUUCCCCUUUCCCCCACCGUUUGAGCGUUCAUAUCACCAAACCGACCCGGACGAGCGCUCUGACUCCGUUUCCCCGCUCUUACAGCGGAGCGGUCAGGACUUUUCUUCCUCGCGAACUGAGACGUCAGUAGCUUAGCUGAGCUAACAGGCUAACGCGACUAGCUGGGUUCAGCUACAAGGAGGAAUUACAAUUGUUCCACCAAGAUACACUGAAGGAUGUCGGGGAAGGAGCAGAAUAAACAAUCCACCACCGAACGGCUCGUCAAAGCAGUGCCGUACCCUCCCACGACGCGGCUCACCAUGAAAGAGCUGUACGAGGACGGCAAGCCCAAGGUGGAGCUUUUGAAGAGCCACCUGGUGAAAGAGGGCCGUCUGGAGGAAGACGCGGCCUUACGCAUCAUCAACGAUGGCGCCAACAUCCUCCGCCACGAGAAAUGCAUGCUGGAAGUGGAGGCACCCAUCACAGUGUGCGGAGAUGUCCAUGGGCAGUUUUUUGACCUGAUGAAGCUCUUUGAGGUGGGGGGUUCCCCGCACAAUACACGAUAUCUAUUUUUGGGAGACUAUGUGGAUCGAGGCUAUUUCAGUAUUGAGUGUGUGCUCUAUCUGUGGGCCCUAAAGAUCAACCACCCGACCACCCUCUUCCUCCUCAGAGGCAACCACGAGUGUCGGCAUCUCACGGAGUACUUCACCUUUAAACAAGAAUGCAAGAUUAAGUACUCAGAGCGUGUGUAUGAUGCCUGCAUGGAUGCCUUUGACUGCCUUCCUCUGGCUGCUCUGCUCAACCAGCAGUUCCUGUGUGUUCACGGAGGCCUGUCCCCUGAGAUCACCUGCCUUGAUGACAUCCGGAAAUUAGACCGGUUUAAAGAGCCUCCAGCUUUCGGGCCGAUGUGCGACCUGCUGUGGUCUGACCCUGGCGAGGAAUACGGCAGCGAAAAGAGCUCGGAGCACUUUUGUCACAACAGUGUGAGAGGAUGUUCCUAUUUCUACAGUUACCCUGCAGUAUGUGACUUUCUGAUGAAUAAUAACUUGUUGUCAGUUAUAAGAGCACAUGAAGCCCAAGACGCAGGGUAUCGAAUGUACAGAAAAAGUCAGACGACAGGCUUCCCCUCUUUAAUCACAAUCUUCUCUGCACCAAACUAUUUAGAUGUGUAUAACAAUAAAGCUGCUGUGUUGAAAUACGAGAACAACGUCAUGAACAUCCGGCAGUUCAAUUGCUCUCCUCACCCGUACUGGCUGCCCAACUUCAUGGACGUGUUCACAUGGUCACUGCCCUUCGUCGGGGAGAAAGUAACCGAGAUGCUGGUCAACGUGUUAAGCAUCUGCUCAGAUGAUGAGCUGAUGUCUGAGGGAGACGACACAUGUGAAGGUGGCACCCCGGCAGUCCGCAAGGAGGUGAUCCGAAAUAAGAUUCGUGCCAUUGGCAAGAUGGCCAGAGUGUUUUCUGUUCUUAGAGAGGAGAACGAGAGUGUGUUGCAGUUAAAGGGCUUGACCCCCACUGGGACGUUGCCUGUGGGUGUGCUGUCAGGAGGCAGACAGACUGCUUACACAGCCACCGUAGAAGCAGAGGAAGCACGAGCCAUCCAAGGCUUCAACCCUCAACACAAGAUCCAAAGCUUCGAGGAAGCACGCGGACUAGACCGGAUAAACGAGCGAAUGCCUCCGCGCAAGGACAGCAUGCAGCCAGACGCCACUGCCAACUCCAUCAAUGCAGCCAAUUCCCCCGACAAGAACGGCACCAACGCACAGGCGUAGUAACCUAGCAGCUACCUAGCGCUCUCCCUCAUCCUUUCCUUUCUGUCUCUCAUAUUUUGUUUCUCUGUCUCUCCCUCUGUUUUCCUCUCAUUCUCUCUCUUUUUGGUAGAGGUGAUGCCCCCUACAUGCAAAACUCUCCAGGACCAUUUCGGGGAGAAUCGCACAAUACCAUGAAGAGGGCAUAAUGAGAAACAAACCAUGGUUCUUAUUUAUUUAUUGAUAUAGAUAAGAAAUUUAAGAUCUGUAAUGGUGGGAAAAUUGAGAUGAAUGAAUACGUACAGGAUGAAUAUUACAUGUGUAUAUAAAAUACAGAAUAUAUAUAUAGACUUA